GUUAGGAAUUGUGGGAGUUAAAGUCCAAAACACCUGGAGGGCCAAAGUUUGCCUGGUGUAGAGGCAUCCCUGGGAUGUUGGAAUAAUUUUUAUAAUAAUUGACUUAUCUUUCAGACACAACCUCCGGCGGCACAAAUAACAAUGUUGAUGCAGGCCCUGCUCUUUGUGGCAGCAUGUUCUUCCCUGCUUGCCGAGGCCGAAGUGGUGCAGGACUUUCAAAACUGCCUCGAGUUCUUCUUGGACAAGACGCCGCCAGAUGCGUCUCUGACGCCCUCCAACCCUGCCAGGAUCUGCCAAUUUUACAAGAACAUCUACCGUUAUGCCACCAUGUACGACACAGAGAAACGCAUUCCCAUAUACUCCGCUUACAAGUGCAAACCUGGCAAGGGUCAGAGGUAUAACGGCUGGAUGAUAGAGCCCCAGCUUGUAGACCUGACUUUAGGGAGGAGCAUGGAAGACGAGCGUGAAACCAACAUCGCUGCUUCGGGCGUGGAAAAGAACCAGGCCACAUUCAAAGAUUACGCUCAGGCCUUAAACACCGAAAAGGGCCACCUGAACCCCGUUUGCCACCAGCCGGACGAAGACAGCCGAGCGGCCACCUUCACCUUGACUAACGUUGUGCCCCAGUUUAGCAAACUCAACGAAGAAGCUUGGGCCAGCUACGAAAAGAGUGUCAAGAAAGAGGCUCAGCUCUGCAAGGACUUGUAUGUCAUCGUAGGAGCCGUGCCCGGGAACGAGUAUAUCGCCGGCGGCAGGGUCAAUAUGCCCAGCCACAUCUGGUCCGCGGCCUGCUGCGUGCGUGAGAAGAACCGCAGAAACGCAUGGGGUGCAAUCGCAAAGAAUGACGAGAACAGUGUCGAGCAAUACAGCUUGGAGAAACUCAAGAAAGAGCUGGCUCUGCUCUACGGGAAGGAAAAGAUCGACCCUUUCAACAAUGGAUGUAAAUAACCCAGGGGUGAACUGUAACAGCAAAUAGAUCAAGCCUGGGCAAACUUGGGAUGUCCAGAUGUUUUGGACUUCAACUCACACCAUUCCUAACAGCCUCAGGCCCUUUCCUUUCCAAAAGGAUUGUAGUCCUUUUUUUCAGUUGUUUUUUUUUUUGAGUUUUUUAAAUGUGGAUCAGAAAGGUCUAGGUUUUAAACACACAUACUCUGCAAACAGUUUGAUUCCAAUUCGCAUUGGACUACAAUCCACCUGAUGAAGACUCUUUUGAGUUGAAACUGGUUGUGGUUUUGCAGUCUACUAUCCAUAAUAAAGAAACAAGAACAAUCAUUAUAUAUAAGAAGGGGACUCAAUUUGUGUAUGUGGAACAAUCAAAGAACUAAAGAACAUUUAUUGUUUAUGAGAAGAGGAGUAAAUUCAUCCUUCAAAAGAAAAAUAUUGUUUCUACUGUGAAUGUAGCAGCUGGUUAGUAGCCAGCUGCAAUAAAUCACUACUGACCGAGAGGUCAUGAGAACAAAGCCUGGGUCGGGUUAGGCUCCCAACCAUUAAUAGCCCAGCACGCUGUUGACCUAAACAGCCCAAAAGACAAUUCCAUCUAUCAAGUAGAAAAUCUAGAUACUGCUUUAUGCAGGGAGACUAAUUUAACUAAUUUACGAUACCAUAAAAUUGCCAUGAGCGCACGGAAAGGAAUGAGGAAGUAUUACCAUCAAGGAUUCGGUGUCACAAGUUGAGCAUACCGUCAUGAAGCUGGAAAAUGUUAAAUUGCCUCUGUGUGUGUCUAUAUAUCAUAUGUCUAAUGUCAUUGAAUGUUUGCAAGGUAUAUGUGCAUUGUAAUCCGCCCUGAGUCCCCUUUGGGGUGAGAAAGAAGGGCGGAAUAUAAAGAUUGUAAAUAAAUAAAAAAACAAAUAAGGCAU